AUGAACAUGCUGUUAUCUGAUCAGCAGUCUAUCAUCAAAACCAAAACUCAGCAAAAUGUACAACACAAAAUGGCUGAAUAUUUUGAAAACGACAACGAGUUAAAAUUACCCACGAUUUGUACGUCACAACUGGUCUGUCCUCUUUGCAACAGCAAGAGAAAGAGUUUUAGUUGCGAAAAUUGCGUUAAAAAUGGAAACUUUAGUCAUUCCAGAGGAAAAUACAGCGAAAGGUACGCGGAUUUGUUACAGAUUUUUCCAUAUCUAGACACCCCAGUAUUUGUAAACUAAAAUAUGUACCUAAAGGUACAUAAAGCUCUCUUUGCUUAAACAAAUCCGACGUUUAUUUUUUAUAUGUCUAAAUCUGAGCCAUUUUCCUGUUAAACAGAUAUAACGAAGCGUUAAGGAAGUUAGAAAUUUUAAAAAGAUUGAAGAAAGAAUAUGAAAAACGGUAGGUGAAGUUCAAUUUUCUAAUCAUCAAUAACUUUCAAGGUGUAAUAUUCGCAAAAAAUAUUACUUCAAUGCAUUCUUUGUGAUUUAGUUGACUCAUUCUAUUUAAAAGUUCUUUUUUAUGGAAAAUAUACAAACAUGUUCAUUUAUACUUUACAGUGCUUUGAAUAUUUUGAAGCAGACAGAAGAAGCAGAGAAAUUGGUUUGUCUAUGCAUUUUUUUUGAAUACAUUUGUCACAUUUGCUUAGCUUUUUUCUGAAAAAUUAAUUACUUACCCUUAAUGUUAAUUACUAGUAUUUAAAAUUUAAUGAUUGCCAGCUGUCACUCACCAUCUCACUCCUUACCUGUCAUUUUCCUUAUGUAUCUGGACAUUGCACAGAAAUUUGGCUAAAUUUAAGUUUUGCUCCUUUUGCUUCUUUUGGUAUAUUUUAUAAUCCUGAUAAAUCUCUCUGGUCAGUCUGAUUAUUGUUUUCAGGAUACUUAAAAUCCACAGACUUCAUUGUCUCCUGGAAACCUGAUUCAAAACAUGUGAAAAGCUCUCAUUUGUUAAACUGCUUUAAGUGUAGUUGUCUAUACUUGGCUCAUAGACCUUAUCCUUGGAUAACUUAAAAUCCUGGCCCCAGUUGAUCAAAAGCCUGAUAUUGCUAUCCACGGGAUAAAUGACUAUCCGGUGGAUAAGUAUUAGGGUAACCAAUUGCACUAUGCACUGGAUAGAGAUUUAUCCGGUGGAUAACGCUAUCCACCUUUUCAACAACUGGAGUCUGGUGAAUAAUGUAAUGCUUGCCAACAAUUUUUUUUAAACCUAUUAUGCCCUAUUUUCCUGUUCAGAAACUGGAGAUAUUCAGUUACUUUCUGCCAACUGUAUAAUAGCUAAUCUGACUUGAUAAAGACCUAUCCUUCACUGUAAUUUUUAAAUUUUUUCUGUCCUCUAGAAUUGCGAGAUCAUAUCCAGGAGACAGAAAGUUUUGCUUCUGCGAUUGGUUGUAGAAGAAGCAGUACAAAAUCUCAAGUCUGGUAAUACAUGUACCUAUUGUUCCCUUGAGCUUGUGUACUUGUUUACAAGACUAGUAACUCCACUAUAACAACAUCAUUACCUCAGUAGUUGAUAAGGUCAUUACACAAAGUUAACACCUGCCAUGAUAUGGGGAGGCAUGGUGGCCAAGAGGUUAACACGUCGGUCUUAGGAUGUGUGGGUUCAGUCCCGUCAAACCUUGUAACUGGGUUGUUUCCUUACACAGGGAACUUUGCUCUACUUUGUCUCUCUUCAACAAAGUGCAUAAAUGGGUGCUAGUGGCAUGGUAAAUGUAGAAUGGAGUAGCUUGCUGUUCUGGGAAGGAAAGAACUAGUUCUAGGGUCUUUCUGUUAGAGAAACAGAAAUAAGCUUUAGCUAUAUGGGCCACGUUAUCUUGAAGUGUGCCUUGUUGUUACUAUGGGUUAGAGGUGUUGUAGGGUCAAUAUUACAGAUCAAAGCUUCAAUGUUUUUUUUUGUGUGUCAAAUGGUUAUGUCAUAAAGACACAUUGACUCUCUUUUUUACCUUGAGUUAAUAAUGGGGUGUUUCUUGUUUUGCUGAAGCUUUUGUUGUUUCACCUGUGUGUUGUGGUGUGGGUAUCAAUUGUUCAUUGUCUGUUAAUUAAUGUUUUGUAUAUUUACAUCAUGUGGUGGUCGCACAUGUCCCUAUUACCAAGAAACUACCGAAUAAUGAAAUGUAACACUCUCAACCCUAUAGUUUAAACAGAUGGAAAAAUACACUUUUUGCCAUGGAAGAGGGGCCUCAUUUUUUGUUCCUUUUAAAAAGGAAACUGCAAAGUGCAAGUUAUGUUACCUUAAAAUGAUGACGUUUUUUAAUGAACAGAAAAAGAUGUUGUAGAUGAGCUUCAAAGAUGUAAUCAGUCAGUAAAAUCAAAGCAGACAGACCUCUCUAACAGUGUUCAAGUGAAGGCAAAGCAGAUGUUGCAAUGUCAGGUAAUCUGAGGGAAAAAAUCACAUAGGUUAUCGCUAAUGACAAUUGAGAGCAUGCAUUACUUUUAUACAUUAAUUUCUCCACAGUUUUUUUGCAAAAUGCUAACUUGACUUUUUUCCGAUGCGUGGUUCCAGAAAAUAUCUGCUUGUACUGCCCCCACCUUGGGCAAAAUGCUUAAGGGGCCUAUCAGCACUAGCAAAAAAGCUGUUUAUUUGGACAGAUUUCUGUCAUCACCAAGACUUAGCAAAUGCGGAUGGUUUGUCAUGAUUUUACAAAUUUUGCCCCAAACGAGACGAUCUUCAAAGGCACUGUGGACAAAAUUUGUCCUGGGUAAAAACUGGACAAAAUCGACUAAAUAAAUGAAAAGGUGUCUUCCUUGUCAAUCAUUUUUUUUUUCUGUUGUAAAUCCAUUAUUCUUUCCAUUAAGUAAUGACAGAUGUGACGGCCUGUUCAGAAUAAAGAGUAGUUUCCACUGCAGUUAAUUUUUUUCAAAACAAAAAUUGUCACCAUACAUUUUUUCAUUUAGAUGUUUUAAAGACAAUUCCAAAUUUGUCUUCUAGUGUGGAUAGGCCCAAAGAAGAGUAUGAAACUAAACUGAAACUCCCAGAAGGGUGGGAAGGUUCAAACCAAAACACCCUUUAUUGAGGAGUACAGAUAUUUUCUACAACAACACAACAGAAAAAGCACUUUACCUUUGAAAAUAACUCUGGACAUCACUCUUUGGGUUAAAUGAUAGUGACACACAAAACUCCCGACCUUUUGAGGCAAAGCAGAAAACAAGAAACAAUGCUCAUAGGGGGGGACAUAGCACCCCCAACUUCCCCUUUCCCCUUGCCCCCAUCUUGCCCCUGACUCGUAAUGCAGGAUUAAGAGUCUGACUUUGUCACCUCUUUGUUUUAGGCAGUAGUUGAAAAAAGCAAGAAAGAUCUUGAGGCACUAAUGGAGAAACUGUGCGAAGUUCGCAGGCGCAGGAUAUCUCAGUUACAGAAGUACUUGUUCCCCAUUCAAGUUAAUCCUAUUUAUCAAGUUCUGGGUACACCGCCCGUGAAGGACAAUGUUGUUAAGAAAGUUCAAGGUAACUGCAAGCUAACCUUGUUUCAUUUUUCUUUUUUCAAAAUUGUAAUAGAGUUAUCUAGUGGAUAAAUCUUUAUCUUUUGACUAAAUGAGUAAAAAAGGAAACUUUGACCCUUCACACCUGGACUGCAAAAUAGCUAUUAGGCAGAAUUGGUUGAGAGGUAAUAAGGUCAUCAACAUUAUACACCUAUUUCAGUUAAGGUUGCUCCCGUGAACCAUGUUUCAUAGCCUGCAGUACACUAUGGUAAACCCUUUUGUACAGGGAAGUUCAGUCUUGACCAUUUGUGAGAAUUAAGGCUUUUAAGAGAGCUUUUAAGUCAAAAUGGCUGCUAAAAUUCUUAAGCAUGAGUGAGCUUAAGAAUUUCAUUUUUAAAAUCUCACAGUAAGAAAUUAGGAGCCGCUUCUUUUAACAACAUUAAAUGAAUAGGGUUUUACCGCCUGACUAAGCUGCGUUUUUGCAUGGGCCAGAAUGCUGGUUAGUUCAAUAAAACAAAUCAACUGGCUAUUCUUUUUUCUAUUCAGUUUUAAAAAAAUUGCCUCAAAAAGAGAUCAUUUGUGUAAUGUUAAGUUAUUUAUUGUAGUUCAUGAACAAACGCCUUGAAUUUGAUUUUUUUCUAACUCCAUCCAAAAUUCCCACGUGCAUGAGCCAAGCAAAUUCGUUGAAAAUUUGCAGCAUUUGCAUAUUACCACAGAGAAAACCCUAACCUCAAAUCACUGUCUAAUUUAAAAAGCCUAGGACUCAGUGUUUCGAAAUACAUUGUCUUAACGUUCUGCUGACAUAGCAUUGAAGCGUCAGCAGCGUCUGCUUCCUAGGUGUCUAGACUCGUUGUGGGUACAUAACGUACCAGACUUGCUACAGUAAUGCACCGCGGGCUAUGAAACAUGGAUCAUGCAUCAUUCCUCUCAGAAGCAACCUUAAUGGAAAUAGGUGUAUACAAUGGAGACCGGUAAAUCAAAGCUAAAAGUAUCAUCUUGGGGAGUAGGGAGUGAAAAAAACGCUUUCCAGCCAACAGGCCAUUUCCAAGUUUCAAAAACUCUCCCUUUCAAAACGAGGCUAAGUGCAAACUUGUGAAAAUGAGUUUAAUUUGCAUGAGAAUAAAAAACCAUUUUCAUACCAAAGCCUUCGCACUUACCCAGGCUUUGAAUCAGAGGCUUGGGGCACUCCUGGGAAAAUGGCGUCUUUGUCACUUUAGAAACGAGGAGGAGACUGGGCCGAGUUAACUACAUCGAAAAGACUUCUGGGACUGUUACUGAGGACAGAGGUAAAAAUUGGCCAUUAGCUGACCGGCACGUCCACAGUAACAAUCCCAGAAACACUUGCGGGGCGCAUUUCUGCUCCAGCUUUCUUCUCGUUUCUAAAUUGGCGAAUAGCGAGCGCGGAAAAAAGACGGUACCAAUGCGAGGAAAUUAACCUGUGCUACCAAGGCAGAUAAGCAGGCAGGAAGAAUGGGAAUAAAUGAUAUAUUUUAGCAAGGAUUAGCUCAGUUGGUCAGUACGCGGCCUUCUGUUCGAGAGGUCCCGCGUUCAAAAUAAUAGUUUUGACUCUUAUCCUUUCCGUGUAGCCUUUGACAGCUUGAAAUUAUAUCCGGGUAUUAUACCCGUACAACGGAGCUUUCACCAAGAGGUCGGGGGGGGUUAAAAUGUACACACCGUCGGCCUCAGUAUUGGUAGCCAGAUGAUGAUUGUUUGAAACUAACGAUGUAAAAUACUGAUCCUUCACCUUUUUUACUUUUCAUCGUGCCGCGUAUCACUAAAGCACAAAUUGUGAAAAGGGAAUUUAGCAAUAAAGCAGAGCGCGAUAUGCCUGACCUUUCUGCCCGCCUUCUAUCUAGAACGCCAAUCCCACUGAACUCAUCAUGGUUGCUUGAAGCAAAGCGCAGUAGUUUUUACUUUGAUAUGCCUGAUUGGGAAAGAUCAGGUACACCCAACGACGUUUUUCUUUAAAGUAACUGUUCGAAGGAGCGGAGGCUUAGAAAUUGCUGAAAUUUCUGGAUAGCCGUUCCAAUCGUCUCAGAUAUUAGGUUUUUUUACUAACUUACCCACGAUUUUCUGAAGCUGUGUUUUUCACAUUUUAUUACCAAGAUAUUGCGAUUAUUGUGAACAAAAAACCGGUCUCCUGAAAAUCUCGGUGUAAAGACAAAACGUCGGCUAGAAUCUUUUUUUUAUGAAAGGAUGGAUACUCCAUGUCCUCAAGCUUUUGACCGGACCAAUCAAGGUUGCUAACAUUUUCGAAAGAGACGAAAAAGCCACCUAAAACGUUCAAGAGGACAAAUAUUCCCCUAAGGCAUCCAAACAUAUUAAGAGUUUUGGGGCAACUCCAAAUUAUCUAAACAGGCUCCUAAAGUAUAGACACUGGAAAACCGUUUGAGACACUAGUGAUCUGACGUAUCUGGAAACAUUUGAUCGUUAAGUGCCCCUGCAAGAUUGUGACUUUUCUUUUAAUUUAGACAUACAGUGUGACGUUGAAAGUGACGAUGAUGAUGAGAGCCGCGAGUCCCAGCUUGCUGAAGCCACGCGGACGUCGUACAUCGAAGGUCGCUGGGUGUCUGAAGAGGAAGAUUUACGAAUGCAGUGCAGCAUAAAUGACACAUGUCUACCAGCCAAUGCCGAUUACACUGCUUACCACGAAUGGGGUAAAUAACUUUCUCAUUAGACUUUCAAGCAAACGCUCGUCGAGAAAGUUGAGACGGGAGCAAAAAAGAUGAAUGAAGGGGAGGGGGGGGAGGAAACUCUUAUUGCUCUCUCCAACUUUCGAGCAAUAACUAGAUAGAAAACGCUUGCUACGCGGUCCAUGUUUUCAUAGACUAUUUAAUGUGUAGAAAAACGUCGCAAAAUGCCAGCUUGCUUUUUUCACUGACUCGAACUUUUUAGGCGGUUUCUUCUAGCAUAGGUUUGUAUGACUCGCUUCUAAGUUGUUGUCGUAUUUAAAUAUGUAAUCAGUUUCUUCGUGCUCAGCUGGCGAUGAAGUGUGAGCGAUUUUAGUGUUGUUCGUCGAGGGAAGAUCACAAGGGUUUUAAGCAGGCUUAGAGCUGAUGCAACUUAGCGGUAAUUCGUGAUAAAUCGCAGCAAUUGUUGCAGCCAGGUGGCACAGAAUUUGCCUCCCUCCCUUUCAUUCUUAACACUGGCUCUGUCGGAGAGCGAAUUGCCAGUGUUUUCAGGUAUUAACUUGCUCGCGGUUUUACUGUUCUUAAUCAAAUCCCGCUCUUGCAAAGUUAAAACAGGUUCCCCUUCUCUUCUCUUUCACAGUCAAGGCGCACAGAAAUGGUUCCAGAGGCCCAUCAGGUAGGAGCCUUCCUCAUUCUAUUCAAGGCCCCGUUGGAAGGGGGGGGGUAUUUGGGGGGUACUUAGGCAACCUCGUCCCCAGGGCGCUUUUCCUUGUCUUUAAGGUGGGGCUGGAAAUUUCCCACCCCACCUCCAAAGCCAGGGAAGAGCGCCUUAAUACGAGGUUGGUACUUGGGCUAAUUUUUGCUGGGUAUGUGCCGCUGGCCUCUCAGAGCCCCUACCCCAUUAUAGUCUAUUCUGUGGCCAAUUAUAGACCCCAAUUAUAGGGCAAGUAUGUAAUUUUCGCGAUCCCAACUCAGUCACUUUCUAUUUUUAUGAAUUGACCCAUUUUUUAGAUUGAAUGAAGAACACUUUACUUUUCAUCUGCAGUAGAAACAUUCUCGAACGUUUGCUAACCGUAAAUACGAAGAUCUGUGUUACCCCAAAAAAUCCGAAAAUGUGCGACCCAAUUCUAGUAACUGUACUGAAAAUGCGACCCUAUCGAGCGGCACAACCCCAUAAGCCUAAGAAAGUACCCCUUCCCCCCACCUUCGGCGUUUAUACAGUAGAACAUUACAAAAAUAUCUCAACUUUGCGUUCGUAUGAGCCAUUGUUUAAUGUGUAAAUGUAACGAAAAAUUCGAUUCGUUUUAGCAGACGACCUCUGUUAUGGCCUUAAACAAUAGUAAUCAUGAAAAAUCAUCAUCAUCAUCAUCAUCGUCCAAACCUUAAUGAGAAUUUAACUAAAACAAUGCAUUUAAAGAGCUACAUUUGGGCGAAUCGCUGAGAUGAAAGCCUUGGAGACUCUGGGCUGAGAACGAAAUUCUUGGCGCGAGGGUUUAGUGCUUGCUAAAAAGAGCACUUUGCUACCCUGCAAACAUAGAUUUUUGGAUUUUGACUUACUAGCAUUUCCAUUCUUUUUCACGCGUUAUCAUUCCUUUCAGACGACAUUUUAGUCUGUCCCACUCACGUUUUUUAAUUUUGAUUUCAGCAUCAGAUGAGGAAGUCUUCGUGCGAAACCCGGCUUUCAUGGUGACAGCCGCCCUCACACACGCUUGUCAAAUGGUGGAGCUAUUGGCGUUUUACUUAGACGUGAAUUUACCAAAAAGAAUAAACUAUAGGUAUGGGUUUUUUUUCGUUUGCUGUGAGGAGUUCAGCAUUCGAGCCACAUAACCACAGGCAGACCAUCCUCUGUUCUUGUAGCAGUUGUUGCUAUUGUCAUCUGAGCAUCAGAGUCAAAGUGCUUGGGCUCUGGGGCACUGUGAUCGUUACACAAAUGUACUGUUGCGAUUGGCUGACCUUCUUUAGACAACAGAACGUAAAGUUUUCUUUCUAAAGCGUCAAUUUUCUUAAGAAUAGAAGCGAAACGACGAUUCUCUCUCUUCGUAUCCAUCUCACCCCAAGUUACUUUCUUUUAGUUGCUGCUUUCAUAGCCUCCUACGCGGACGUUCUUAGGCUCAGGGUAAAGCCAUAAGGACGUCUGCGUGGCAGGCUACCCCUUUCGCCGUUUAGUUCUUUGCUCUGCAGAUUGUGACACACCAGCAAGGAUCAUUUGUGUUAUAAACGCUCGUAAAAAUUUGUGACAUCUUGAAUCAUCUAUUUACGCGAAUUAGUGCAGCUUGUUUCCGGGGGGGAGGGGGGUUACUCCCUUAUAUUAGCCAUAUAGGUAUAUGCGGCCCCAUCGGGUAGGGUUUUUGCGCCGUUUUGGUCUGACAACGGGUAUACACUUUGCUUAUUAGUCUCGCUCCCACCAAGAAUUCCCAGGAGUGCCCCCCCCCCGGAGCUUGUGUCACUUUGGACAUAGUCUGGUUGACAAAAAAACUAAGCUCUACGCUUUUGAUACAUUGAAGAGUUAUUUUUCUUUUUAAAAUGCACAUCAAGGCGAGAUUUCUACUGUCUGGCUUUCCUAACAACUUAUUUAUUUUCCCAUCAUCUUUUAGUUAUGUUGCCAAACCUUUUAAGGGAACAGGAAAGGAAUUUCGAAAAAAAUCUUUGAAAUCUUCUUUGUUGCAGUGAAUUUUGUCAACUAGAACUCAGUAAAAGAGACUUUAGGAGUGCCGUUGACAGACUCAACUCGAAUGUGUUACACUUGUGUUUUACUCAGGUAGGAAAAAUAAUCACUGAUACGUCAAACUUUGAAAAAAAAAAACAGUAAAGCCCGUAGAUUGUUAUCUUAGUGUGGUAGAGCGAAUUAUGCACUCAAAAAUUACUUCCGGAGUGGUGACGCGACUCAGAAGUUGGCAUUUCCUCCUGUCCAGUCCACUGCCCCACGCGCGCGAGUGUUUUGCUCGCUCUUCUGUCUCUCAGAAAAGUAAUGGAUUACUCGUAAUUCAUUAAGCUUACUUCUAGCAAUUCAGGAAAAUUUAACUUCGCCUAAUGGAGCCUGUUAAUAUGAGAAGUUUUGUUAGACCAAUUGUUUUUAACGUGUAGUUUUACCUGACCUUGAUUCCAACAGCUUGUGCUUGUCCAUGGUCAUUAUAAAAACAAGAAUUAAAUGAGAUAAUAACGCCAAAUUGAAUGGUAAAUUUAAUGUAUCAGGCUUCGCCAAGUGUUUUGUGUGCUAAUCACUUACGUUUUUUAGCACGUAGAACCUUCCUUGCUUCACUCCAGGAGAAUUUUACAUAAUCUUUACACCUGCGUGAAUUCUUUACAUCUUGGCCGGUGAGUUUUUUUGCGUUUCUUUUCAACAAUUGUGCUUUGGUACGUGGAAAAGAGCUUUUGCAAAAGCACAACCAUCCACCACACCCUCCUGGGGCGGGUUUUUCAAAGCAGGGUUAAGGUAACCCAGGGUUAGUGCCAAGUAUAUAUUCAGAUAUUAAAGCUUUAAAAGGAAAUUCAGUUUAAUCCUCUUUGCCUGUAAUGUAAUGAAUUGAUGCUCUAUAAAGAAUAGUGAAAAUUAUCCAGGUAAAUGCUUUUGAACAAAACAACAAGAAACCCAGAUUAAAAUGUAAUCCUGGGUUAGUGCUAAUCGGCUUUCGAUCAACUGGGCCCUGGGGGAGUACUGUGCCUAGUGGAACAAAGAGAGUUCAUAUUGUUACUGAGUGAAUGGCUAAAUUCUGAUCCGCUAUAAUUAUAUAUUAUCCAUCUUCUAGUUUGACCAUUCAAAUGAAAGCUUCUGUGUAGUACGUUCCCGUGGUACUGUUUAUUAUGAUAUACAAGCCAGUUCUAACUUUUCAUUAUGUGGAUGAAAUCUUAGUAAAGUGUGACCAUUCAGUUGAAAUCUACUGAGCAAAACUUGUCUGUGAUACUGUUUAUUAUGCUAGAGAAUUUUUCACACUUUUUAGCUAUCUUUAGUUUGUACUAUUUUUUAAACGGAUCAAUGUUGUGAAUCUUUGUGGUAAUUUCGAACGAAACGUGCAAGAGUAAAAUAUCCCAAGCCGCUAACGAUACGCCAUUUUACUUUCUCUUUAUAGGGGAGGUCCAUUUGAAUGUCAUCCCAAGCUGGUAACGGUUAGCUACGAAAGCAGUGAUAGCGAUAGCAGCGACAAAACUGACGGCGGUUCGGAGGAAGCAAACAGUGAGUCGGACGCGGAGUGGGAAAAUUUACCCGCGAACUUAGUCCAUAUUACAGAAGCUUCUGCCCCGCCGGGACCCCUGAAAGGUUCAUUGUCACAGUCUUCAUCAUUAGGAGAUGGUCAGAAGUUGCAGGAGCCCGCGACAGCAUCGAGUCUAGUUAGUUCAGCGGCUGCCUCUGUGGCUGCACUGUGGCCGUGGAAGAAAUAACGUUGGUUUUAUUCACGGAAGGGAAGUUUCUCCUAACCGUUGUUGGCAGUUUUUAAUCAGUUUGUGACAUUUUUAUAUACAUUCUUCUUCCGCCUUGGGCCUCUUUCUCAGAAUCCGUCACCUGUAAUUUAUAACCUGAAUGAAAGGAUACUGAGGAAGGUCGUUGUGGCCUGCAGAACGGUCCAUCUAGCUUGGUCAACUUACAGUUCUCCUUACCUAAUUUUUAAACUAGCAAUGUUGGGUUUUUAUUCUGAGAAACACUGCAUACAUCCGGCUCUUUUUUAUAGAAUUUUUUAGAUACACGCCGCACAGCAGAGAUCUUUCUGGUUGGUGAUUGGUUCACCUUUAGCUAAACAUGUACCUUAGCUGGUGCUUAACUGACGACAUACGUAUGCACGCAUUUUCACGUGAAUUCUUGGUUCGCAUCCUUACCUGAUUUUCAACUGCGUCAAGUGCCGAUCUUUUUUCACUUUCCUUUUUUCGCAGGGUUAAAUAAAAUUUGAGGGAAGCAAAGAAAAAAAAAAGAAAUACAAAGCAAUAAAGUCAAAUAAAAACGUUUAUAACUUGGGGUAAACUCCA